UGAUCAGGAGGACUUCUUUGCCACUAGAUCACGAGGACCAUCAUGCGGAAAUAAUUUGGCUUUCUCAUAAUUUGACCCAACUACUUGAGUUGACAUCCUUAAUAACCCCUCAAAAGGAGCUAGAAUUGAGUCGUUGGUCAAUUACCAUGUCGUCGGAGGAAUUUGAAAAGUUGCACGAAAUCUAUAGGUCCUUGUACGAGGAGCUAAAGCGAAUGCCGGAGAGGCUGCUGAGGAGCAAUGGAGAGGAGAAAAAGAGCUUGUUGAGGGCCUUCGACGAGAGGAAAGAGGAGGCGGAGGAAAUUCUGCAGGGGAUGGACGAGGAGCUGCGCGACGCUCCGCCCUCCUACCGAAAUUCCAUGAGAACGAAGCUGCGUCUCUACCAGCGCGACCUCGCCAAGCUGCAGCGGGAUGUCAAGAAUUCGGCGCCGCCGCAGUCGGACGGGAGUCACGGUGGCAUCUAUUCAUCGCAAAACCAACAAAGCACGCACGUCCAGUCGCAGCGGGCCUUGCUCCUCCAGGGCACCGAGUCCCUGAAUAACGCCACGCAGAGCAUCGAGCGCAGUCAGCGCCUCGCCGCCGAGUCGGAGCACAUCGGCACCGACAUCAUCGAGGAGCUCGGCGGGCAACGGGAGCAACUGGAUCGGGCCAGGGACCGACUGGUAAAUACAGGAGAGAACCUCAGUCGCACGCGGAAAAUCCUUCGUUCUAUGUCUCGACGGCUCAUGACAAACAAGCUGCUGCUGGCUGUCAUCAUUCUCAUGGAACUGGCGAUUCUGGGUGCUGUCGUUUACCUCAAGUUCUUUCGGCGAUGAGGGUGAAGGAGGGGGGAAAAAGCCUUCGGUCCAGACCUGCUUUCGGGUCCACGAGGUCUUACCGAUUGUUCGGCUUUCGAUGAGGAUUCCUCACCCCAUGGGUUACAGAAUCAAACAUGCACUAUUUGAUCAGACUGUGAAGACAGAGAAAUCCCUCUGGAAGAAAGUUCCGGACAUCUGCGGACCAGAAAAUGAUGUGCGGUGAAGGCGGCACUGGACCCACAACGUGGUCUAUGGCAGCCUGUGUUGAACUGAGGUACUUUGUUUAGCAAUAGUCAAGAUCAGAACACACAGCACAGUUUCUGUCUUCAUUUGUUUUCAACAACUUUGCUUUGUAUUGCUCAGGUUAUUUAUUAUUAUGCUCUCAUCACUAUACCCCCAAAAAGUUGCUCUGUUCAACGUUUCGAUACAGAUCGCUCUUAUUUCUGAAGGCCAAACAGCUUUGAUCACAGUCAGCUUUGGCAAAUCUUUUUCGACUUUUUGUUGCCUUUUUUUUUUUUACUUAAAAAAAGUUUGCCAGGUAUUUUCACUGCGACGAUCUUUCUAUUGUUAGCCCUUUCGCACUGCAUGGUGACGGCAUCAGAGGUAGAGCCGUCAUUUCUUGAAGCUCGUGACGCUGGUGUCAGACGAGCACUUUCUGGUCCACCCCAACAAAAAACAUCUCUUCUGCAUUUUAUGGCAAGAAGUCCAGUAAAUAUGAUGACAUAUGGAUUGAGCACUGAUUUGGCCAUUUUCGAGUGUGAAGCCAAACUGGUGUUUGGAGGCGCACGGCCCGACUGAGCUGCUGGACUAACACUAGCAAUCGCACCACCCUGGUGUGAGAAUUGCCAACUCGCAUUGUUUUAAAGCCUUCAUGAUUCAUGACAACUACGGUUUUCACUUUAUUUGGAAUUAUUUAAUUCGUUGAUCAGAUUGUGAAUUGUUUCCCAAAUGAGUGAUUCUUCCAAGUACCUGCUUUCCCUUUUAGCCCUU